AUGGACAACGAGCCCCAAGCCGUUCAAGUCAGCACCACCGAAGACGGUCUAACAACAAUCACCGUCAAUCGGCACCACCGAAGGAAUGCUAUUGAUGGUCCGACGGCAACGAAGCUAACACAAGCCUUCCUCGCCUUCGAGGAGGACCCGACGCAGAAAGUAUGUGUCCUCCACGGGGCCAACGGAAACUUCUGCGCCGGCUUUGACCUACACGAGGUCGCCAAGUUCGACCCCUCCGCCGGCGACAGCUACAAGGGCCCCAUUGUCGAUCCAGCCCAUCGCGUGCGGGGACGCAAUCAGGGUCCGAUCGGGCCAUCCCGCAUGCAGAUAAAGAAGCCCGUGAUUGCCGCUGUAGCCGGUUAUGCCGUGGCUGGAGGACUCGAGCUCUCCCUGAUUGCUGAUAUGCGCGUCGCUGAAGAGGACGCCGUGUUCGGCGUGUUCUGUAGACGGUUUGGCGUCCCUCUGAUUGACGGAGGCACCGUCCGGCUUCAGGCAAUCAUCGGCCUUGGGCGGGCUAUGGAUAUGAUACUCACAGGGAGAGGCGUGCCUGCGCAGGAGGCGCUGCAGAUGGGACUUGCAAAUAGGGUGGUUCCCAAGGGCGAGAGUCUAGCGGAGGCGACCAAGAUUGCCCGCCAGCUUCUGAAGUUUCCUCAAGAGUGCAUGAAUGUUGACCGGUCUAGCUGUUAUUACUCAGUGUACAACGCUACCUCGUUUGAGGAUGCACUACGAAGCGAGUUUGAUAAUGGGGUAAAGGUCGUUUCGACGGAGAGUGUGAAGGGUGCAGCUCGGUUUUCUGGGGGAGCCGGACGGCAUGGGAGCUUUGAGGAAUCAAAGAUCUGA